CGUUUGGCCCCUUUCGACCCGCCGACCUCGCGCUUCCGGACCGCAAUACAUGUCCGAAAACUGGGACCCUCCCACCCCGCAGAGCCAUACUAUCGAGGAGCAGUUCAUCCUUCGGGUGCCCUUGGACGUGGCGAAGAGCAUUCGAAAAAAGCUGAGGAACAAGGAUGCCACCGCGAUCAGCUUCGUGAUGAAGAACGAGCGAUAUGGAAUUUUUUAUUGCGGAGACAAGGAAUACAAGCUCACGUUGGUCGACUUGCCUUGCUACAUGGAGUCGCAUAAGACCAUCGACAAGCGAAUUUACUACAAGAGUGCAGACGUCGGACAGAUGUUGUUGGUGGAAGAUUCCGGACCGCCCUCGAAGAACGCCCCGUUCAUCAUGCCCUCCACCUGGUGUCUGGACAGCGGCAUAACGCCCCCCGCGCGACACAUUCGAGAGAGGAAGUGGUGGAGGCUUCCCAAGUACAGUCCGGUCGAGAUCGCGCGCGUCAUGGAAGACGUGACUUGCGUGUGCAAAAAGCAAGACGUUCAAGAGCAUAUUGAACUCAUACAGAUCACACAAGAGGACAUAGACGCUUUAUCGAAAUUAUCGGAAACUCCAAAAGCCGGUGCCGAAACCGAGCACCCUGCUUCUUCCUCUCUCACGCCCUCAACGACCCCCACUCCUAGAGCGGCUCUGCCUGCCAAGUCCUCGUUGUCCCAAACGAAGUCGUUUUCGCCCUACACCCCUUCGUCGUCUCCGGCCCCAGCGGCCCAAAAGGCCGCCGCUCAUCAGUCGUCGCCCUCGUCAAUGCUCAUUCACAAGGGCGGCCUCCGCUUCUCUAUCAAGCUCAACCCGUCCAACGCGGACGCCGCCCACGCCUCGCCUCUCACCGCCAAUCCCGUUUCAAGCGCUGAAGCCGCGCCCCCCUUGCCGUCUUCUGAGACCCAGUCUCCUCUUCCGCCCGAACGAGCUCAGCCUCCUGCCACCCCCUCGCCGGAACCAUCGCCGACCAGCCCGUCCAGCGAGUCCACCACCAAAUCACCCACGGAAACCCUCCAAGAACCCCUACCGACACCUGUUCCCAAAGGCGACUUCUCGCGUCCGUCGGCUCCACCCUCCCUCGACGCCCCUCACCCCGCCCAAAUCGCGUCUCCUCUCACCCGGUCUCCGCCGCCCCCUCGUCCCCCCUCCCCUCCCCUCAUCGACGCUUCCUCGGACUACCCUCAACCCUCCAACCACGCCGCCGACGUGGAGUCCUCCAACGAGUACCAAGCGCUCCUCUCCUCCAGACAGAAGCUCGUCACCGAAGUGACGAACCUCGAGAAGAGAAAGGAAGAGCUCAUCAGACGCAAGAGCCACGAAUCCAACCGAAUCAUGAGAAAGAGAACCGAAGACGAAAUCAAAAAAAUACAAGACUCUAUCGAAAACAACAACGCACAGAUCCAGGUACUCACCUCACAAAUGAAGAAGCUUCUGGAAUGACCACCUCUACACACGUCUCUCCGAAACGGCCAGCACCCCCGCGCCCACCAAGGCCCAGCCAACGCACUCCUCCGCCUCUCGACCUUCCUCCUUGCGCGAAAGGCGCGCCCGAAAACCGCACGUCCUCCCCGCCUUCCAAAAAAAAAAAAAAAGAAAAAAAAGAAAAAAAAAACGGCGCCCCGCAUCGCGCGCGUGGCGGCCGACCCACUUCUCGCACACAUCACCCGAUGCCCCCUCCCCUCAGACGCCGUUCUGCCCCCAGCGCGCCCGGACCGCGGCUACCGCCGUCGUCGAGCACUCGACUCCUCCCCCCUUUUUCUGGGAGGGGGAGCAGCCGGACGUCCCCGAACGCCCGAUAGGAGAGCGGCAAAGCGGGGGCCACCCGUUCUCCGCGCCAGUGCGGCCCCGCAUGCCGGAAUCUCCGGCGAAGCAGAGCGCCGGUGGACCACGCGCCCCUCUUGGUCCUGUGUCUCUGAAGAAUCCGACGGUUACCAGGUGUCGAAACGUGCGCAGACGGAAAAAUUGUUGUACGCACGUCGCUUUCACGCGCGCCGUGGGCGCCUCUCCGCUCCUGGGCGCGCCGGGCGUUCGUGCCCCCCCUCCCCUCGACCGGGGCGCCUCGCGUCCUGCCCGCGUUUGGCGCGAUAACCGAAGAGAGAGAGAAGAACGUGGACGAGAUGCGCGGCUCCUCCUCUCGACUGACUGCGCCGCAAGUGUCGCGACGAGAGGGCCGCGCGUGGAGGCCUUGCGCGGCUGGGGUGAACGGGAGCGGUCGCGGAGACGCAGGGACCGCGCGCCCCUUUUGGCGGGGGGUUGUACGCGCACAUUGUGUAUCUAUUCUUGACAUGUAGUUUUUUUUUUUUUUUAAUACGUGUUAUGACGUGUGGGACCGGCGCCCAAGCGUAGAAGCGGCCACCAGUUUGGCCGUUAUGGAGAAAGGAAGGUCGCGGACACGACGGGUUCUCGCCGCGCCGGUGUGGGUUAGCGCGCGCGGCCGCAACGGACGGGCGUUGGGACGGCGUUCGCGCGGAAGAGAUCGGCCAUUUUGGUCGGCGACGAGACGGGGCGGAAGUCGGCGCGCGGGGAAGGUGCCGUGUCUUGGCCGCGCUCGUUGUCGCGCUGCUCUACUCCCCCCUCUCUCGUGCGCACCUUUUUUUUUUU